AAAAAAGAUAUCUUUUCUCAACUAAAUCAUGGUGUGGGGAGGAAACGACGGUGCUGUAGAUCAGUGGGUAAAACAACUGGAAAGCAACGAUCCUAAGCUUGUAUCUCUCCAUAUUCUGAGCUUUCGUCGACUUUCAACAAAGGAUCUAGCAAGAAUUUUCCAAGCGAUUGCACACAACACAGUACUUAAAGAACUUUAUAUUUCUGGACACGUUCUUGAUGCGGAAUGCAUGGAUCAAUUAAGCGAAGCAUUAACUCUAAAUGAAACACUUGAAGCGCUAAACCUUGGAAACGCUACCUUUGGCAAGGAUCUUGUCCUUUUUGCUUCAUUCUGUGAAGGAUUGGCCGCUAAUGAAGGACUGAUCAAGCUUGAUUUAGAAAAUAAGGGAUUGUUGUCAAACACAGACGAUCAAUAUAAAGCAGUACAGUUACUGGCAGACAGCUUAGCCAAAAAUAGUUGUCUAAAAGAAAUCAACUUGGCAAGAAAUGGAUUAGACGACAGAGCCAUCAGAGCUCUUUCACCUGUGCUCACAAAGCUUUUACGUGUCAGUUUGGCCAUGAAUAAGAUUGGACCCGAAGGUGCAGACAGUCUUUCACAAGUGAUCAAUAAUAACGAUAGUAGACUAGAGGAUCUUGAUCUAUCAGACAAUCCAUUGCUGAGCGGUGCAGCCGUGUUAGUUUCUGCUUUGGCCCAUAAUAAGCAUAUCCGUAAACUGAAGAUGAUGGACGUGGUGUCUGAUAUGGAAGAGGAGAUAAGCUUACCUCCACCAGCUAUGGAACAAACAGAAGGCAAGCUAACAGAAGAAGACAUAAGAAAGAACGAUCCUGCGAGAACAAUACACGGUAAUGCACUGGUAAUUGCUCUUGGUCAGGCACUGGCUACAAACAAAACACUUACACAUAUAUGCUUGGAUAACAACAGUAUCGAAUCAAGCGCACUCCAGCUUUUAUCGUGUUAUCUAUCAGAAUCCGGGGUGCAAGAACUAAAACUUCGUCAGAAUCAAAUUGAUGAUGAAGGCGCUGCCCUUCUUGCUAAGGGCACAACGAAUAACCUUCGCCAUCUAGAGCUGGGAGAGAAUGCCAUUCAGGCCAAAGGUUUUGGAAUAUUGCUGGAUACGAACUUAGAGUACCUGGGCUUGUUUGGAAAUGUCAUCGGUGGAUUUGGUGAAAGCUCUGAGUCACUACCAGCAUUAAGAGAGAGUGGUAUUAAGCAUCUUGACAUUGGCUGUAACCAAAUCGUUCAUCAAGAUUUAGAAGCCAUGGUAGAUGUAUUACUCAAGGAUGGAGUACCGAAGCUCCAAUUGUUAGAGAUGGGAGGAAAUGUUCAAGAUAAAGAAAUAGAUGCUUGGGAGACGACGUUAAAGAGAUUAUUGGAUGAACGUGAAAUAGAUAUCAUUUGGAAGAGACAACCAACUCAGAUGGAAAAUGCUCCUCCUCCUCCUACUAAUCUAUAACUAUCAGAUAUACUCUUAAAUUGUGCUUUUUUUAUCCUACAUAUUUAUGAAUAAAUUGUAUUCAAUAGUAAAGCUAAAGAAGCAC